AUGACGGGCGGUGGAAAUCACUCAAAUGCUGUCAAGAUCGAAGUACUGCUGCAUUGCGAGGAGAAGGGUUGGGAUGCCUCGGAGGGGUCCCGACAACUGGGCAUUCAGCGCACGACAUUGCAUAGAUGGAUGGAAAGUAAAGACGACAUCUUCUCCUCAGCAUUUGAUCCAUCUGCGAAACGCACAAAACGCUCAGGAGCUGCUCCACCAACACUUCCUUACGAUACUACUAUCGUUAAGUGCGUGAAGCAGAAGGUGGGAAAUGUCCAAGAAGUUUACCGAAGGGAUAUUUUUGCCGAGGCCAUCCUGACAAUCCCAGGAUUUAGUGAACGUGGGUCAGCUGCUCAAGGAUCCUGA